AUGACGCAGGUUGCAACCCAGAAGGAGGAAGAUGAAAUGGCGUCGCAUAGGGAUGCAAUUCGCCAAGCCAAGGCCAUCAUCGACGAGAUUUGCAAUGUUUCUGGGACUCCAGGCCUCGCGAUCGGCAUCUUCAACCUCGAAGGACCAUCCGUGUCGAGCUUCCAUGGAUUUCGAGAUGUGAGCCAAGGCCUCCGUCCGGAUCAAGACACGGUCUUCAACAUCGGCUCACUCUGCAAAGGCUUCACCGCUGCAGCUGUUGCCUGCCUCGUUGCAGAUGGGAAGGUAUCUUGGGAUGAUCGCAUUGACACUCACCUUCAUCAUUUACACGGCAGAGACAAUGGCGCAUUCACGCUGCGAGACUUGCUUAGCCAUCGCACUGGUCUUUGCAGGUCGGAUGCGUUAUUCAUCGGAUCUGACAACCGGCUACUUGUCACCAAAUCCCAAGGCUUAGAGAUCUUCGCCUCCCUUGAUCCAAGUAGCCCUCCCCGCCAAAACUUCUUCUAUAAUAACUUUGGAUACCACGCCCUCGGGUGCGUUAUUGAGCAUGUGUCAGGCACGGGUUUUGGAGAAUUUAUGAGGAAGCGCAUCUUUGAACCACUAGACAUGAGCAGGACGUUCACGAAGCUUCCGCCUAAGGAUGAUGGAGAUACUUCGUUAGCUUAUAUGCCUUAUUAUAAUCGCCAGCUUCGGACAGUUCCAACCCCUCAAAUAUCCAGUGACACGGUCGCCUUCGCAGCUGGCUCCAUUCGAAGUUGCGUCCGCGACCUCGUCCGCUUCUAUCGUUUUUUGUUGAGAGGCUUGAAGCUGGGCUUUCAGGAGCUGGGUCUUUCCUCUGAUCAUGUUGCAACUAUAUUUGGGGCGGUCAUCCCUCUACAUGGUUCUCCUACAACUCUUCGGGAAAGGUCCUAUGCUAUGGGGUGGGCACGUACUCAGCUACCAAACAACAUCAACCUCAUCAGCGGAAAUGCUGGCUUGCUGGACACAUGGCCUGUCAUUGGCACAACCAACAAUGGAAGACUUGUCCUCCACCACACUGGUAAUAAUAUUGGAUGCUCUUCCACCAUCUAUCUCCUUCCAGAGAUGGAUACUGGUGUGAUUGCCUUGGGGAAUGCACUCGGGCAUUGUGACGCUGCCGAUUGGGCUGCACAGGUUCUGCUCGAAGCUCUUCUUGAAGGAUCGAUUGAGAGUCCGUUCACAAAAUAUGCUACGACGGCAGCUUCUAAUGGGCGGUCCGCCAUGGAUCGAGUACAGAAAGCCCUAGAUAAGCAGAGAAAACCAAGUCAACCAUCUUUAAACCUCGAGCAAUAUACUGGCGUUUUCUGGCACAAAACAAAGACGUUUUAUCUGAAGAUAAAACUCCAGACAUUCGAACAUAAAGAAGGCAUUAGUGUCAAGUUCCAAGGGCUAGAUGAAGAAGAGUAUACUCUCCAUCACUACCACUAUGACACAUUUGUCUUUAACGAGACAUUUGACCAGACUGUGAGCCGUGGUCAGUGGUGCAGGCCGUUGGGUUUCUAUAAAAUUGAAUUUAUUGAGGAAGGGAAGACCGUUAGCUCGUUGCGAUGGACGUUCGAUGAUACGGAGGUACAGGGGCAGAUCUUCAAGCGGUUGUAA